AUGUCAAGCAUCAUACUUUUUGAGGAUAUUUUUGUGGUUGAUAAGCUUGACCCAGAUGGUAAAAAGUUUGAUAAAGUUACUCGCAUUGAAGCACGUAGCCAGAAUUGUGACAUGUUCAUGCACCUAGAUGUUAAUACAGAGAUAUAUCCUAUGCAUGUUGGUGACAAAUUCACAAUGGCGUUGGCUCACACAUUGAAUUUGGAUGGAACACCUGACACUGGCUACUACACUCCGGGGAGGAAGUCUCUUGCAGAUAAGUACGAGUAUGUCAUGCAUGGGAAGCUAUACAAGAUAUCGGAUGAUGCUUCAGGGAAAGGACUUAAAGCAGAGAUCUACGUGUCAUAUGGCGGGCUUCUAAUGCUGCUUAGGGGAGAAGCUUCUCAUGUCUCCCACUUUGAACUUGACCAGAGACUAUUUCUUCUCAUGAGGAAGCUGUGAAACUUUCGUUAUAUCUAACAUUUCUCUUUAAGUGGGCUAAAUUAUGUGAACAUCGAGGUGGUUCUAUAGUAGUAUAAAAGUGGCUCUUCUCGGUAGAGGUUAGUGUAAUCUUGAAAUUCGUCUAGACUAUGCUUAAAGCAAUUAGCACUGGUUGAGUUAUUGCGGAAUGGCACAGCUACUUGAGUUGCUGAUGGCUGCCACGACACUCCAACUGUUAAUUAACUCUUGCAACUGUGGUAAUUUUAUUCAUGCUCUGUAUGCUAAGUUUUGAGUAUGGUUUCCCCUUCAUUCUUUAAUCAUCCUUUUUGUUAUUGUUCUUUGAUGGAUUUGCUAAUGAUUACAUAGUCGUUUUGUACUUUAAAUUUAAUAUACCAAUAAGCCCUUCU